GCCGCUGAGUUGAAGGAGUCGGGCGACUGGGGCCAUUGCUGCUUCGACCAUGGCGGCGGCCCCGGCCUUGGUGCUGAAGCACCGGCGCACCACCUUGGAGCGGGUGGAGAAGUUCCUGUCGCCCACUUACUUCACCGACUGCAACCUGUGGGGCAGGCUCUAUGGAGAAAGUUGCCCCGUGACUUCACUGUCUUGCUUCAUGACUCCAGAACGGAUGCCCUAUGAACAGGCCAUUCAGCAAAACUUCCGCAUGUUCAAAGUUGGUGAUACCUUUGGACCCAUAUGGUGGACUUGCUGGUUCCGAGUGGAGCUGACUAUCCCCAAAGCUUGGAUGGGCCAUGAAAUUCACUUUCUCUGGGAGAGUGAUGGAGAAGGCCUAUUGUGGAGGAAUGGGGAACCAGUCCAGGGUUUGACCAAAUUGGGUGAGAAGACCAGCUACAUCCUGACUGACAAGAUGAAGGAAGGAGAUCCCUGGAGUCUGACAUUGUAUGUAGAAGCUGCCUGCAACGGGCUCUUUGGGGCAGGAAAAGGCAGCAUGAUUGCACCACCUGAUAACGAGAAGAGAUUCAGUGUGAGCCGGGCCGAGAUGGCAGUGUUCCACCGGGAUGUUCACGAACUGAUGAUGGAUAUGGAAAUCCUUCUGGGCAUGGCCAAGUGCCUUGGAGAGGGCAGCCAGCGGAGCUUCCAGGCCCUCUACACAGCCAACCAGAUGGUGAACGUGUGUAACCCAGCUGACCCUGGCACCUUUUCGACAGCCCGUUCCCUGGCAUCGGGGAUCUUCCGCCAGCGCAAUGGGGACAGCCAGCACACUCUGCAUGCCAUUGGGCACUGCCACAUUGACUCAGCUUGGCUCUGGCCCUUCAAGGAGACAAUCCGGAAAUGUGCACGUAGCUGGUCAUCAGCCAUCCGACUCAUGGAGAAGAACCCACAGUUCACAUUUGCCUGCUCUCAGGCACAACAGUACGAGUGGGUGAAGAGGUACUACCCAAGUUUAUAUUCCCAGAUCAAGGAGUACGUCCAGGCAGGACAAUUUAUUCCAGUGGGUGGCACUUGGGUCGAGAUGGAUGGGAACCUUCCUAGUGGAGAGUCCAUGGUGAGACAGUUUCUUCAAGGACAGAACUUCUUCCUUCAGGAAUUUGGGAAAGUGUGUUCUGAGUUCUGGCUUCCAGACACAUUUGGCUACUCGGCCCAGCUCCCCCAGAUCAUGCGUGGUUGUGGCAUCCAGCGCUUCCUGACACAGAAGCUGAGCUGGAACUUGGUGAACUCCUUCCCUCAUCAUACCUUCUUCUGGAAAGGAAUUGAUGGUUCCCGGGUAUUGGCCCACUUUCCUCCUGGGGACUCUUAUGGGAUGCAAGGCUGUGUAGAAGAGGUACUGAAGACCAUGAACAACAACAAAGACAAGGGGAGAGUAAACCACAGUGCCUUCCUCUAUGGGUUUGGGGAUGGGGGCGGUGGCCCCACCCAGAACAUGCUAGACCGGCUGGAACGAAUGAAGGAUACAGACGGACUGCCCAGGGUGUAUUUCUCUACCCCGGAACGGUUUUUCUCAUUACUGGAGAGGGACACGGGGCAGCUUUGCACUUGGGUAGGGGAGUUGUUCCUGGAACUUCACAACGGCACUUAUACCACCCACGCCCAAAUCAAGAAGGAGAACCGGGAUUGUGAGCAGAUCCUGCACGACGUGGAGCUCUUGAGCAGUCUGGCCUUGGCGCGUGGUGGGACUUUCCAGUAUCCUGCUGCUGAACUACAGCACCUCUGGAGGCUCUUGCUCCUAAACCAGUUCCAUGACGUGCUUCCCGGAAGCUGUAUCCAGCAGGUGGUGGACGAUGCUCUGAAGUACUAUGGAGAGAUUCGAAGCAAUGGCUCCCGCCUUCUGAAUGCUGCAGCUUGGUCUUUGUGUGGAGGGGAGCCAAGCUCUCGAGACCUGAGCCUGCCACGCAACUACCUCAUCUUCAACACGCUAUCCUGGGAGCGCACAGAGGUGGUGGCCUUACCAGCAGCCAAUGGUGCCGAGAGCCUGGUCCUGGUGACAGUUCCUAGCAUGGGUUACACCCAAGCCCCAGCUCCUGCCCCGCCGCCUCACGCUGUCAGAGUGGUGCAGGAGGCUGACGGCUCUGUGACGCUGGACAACGGCAUCAUCCGAGCGCACCUGGACUCCAUGGGCCAUUUAAACUCCUUGGUUUUGGUUUCCUCAGACAGGGAAACCAUCCCCCGAGGGGUCUUUGGCAACCAGUUUGUAAUGUUUGAUGAUGUUCCCUUGUACUGGGAUGCCUGGGAUGUGAUGGAUUAUCACCUGGAGACCAGGAAGCCAGCCACAAAGCUGGACCAAGCCCUCGAGGUGGGGAUCCCGGGAGGUCUUCGAGGCAGUGUCCAUUUCUCCCUGCAGCUCAGCAACCGGAGCAUCCUGACACAGGAAAUUGUGCUGGACGCCGCAUGUCCAUAUCUGCAGUUUCACACCGAGGUAGAUUGGUAUGAGUCCCACAAAUUCUUGAAGGUGGAAUUCCCCGUCUGGGCCCAGACCUCCAAUGCCACCUAUGAGAUCCAGUUUGGGCAUAUACAGAGACCCACACAUUAUAAUACCUCUUGGGACUGGGCUCGAUUUGAGGUAUGGGCCCAUCGCUGGAUGGACCUGUCCGAACAUGGCUUUGGGAUGGCACUUCUCAACAAUGGCAAAUAUGGGGGCUCUGUUCGGAACAACAUCCUCAGCCUCUCCCUCUUACGGGCACCCAAGUCCCCUGAUGCUUCUGCCGACAUGGGCCAUCAUCAGUUCACCUAUGCGAUAAUGCCACACAUGGGAACAUUCCAGGAUUCUGGGGUCAUCCAAGCUGCCUACAACCUCAAUUUCCCCCUGCACGUGAUACCCACGGGCCCGGCCAUCUACCGGCCCUGGAGCGCCUUCUCGGUCUCAUCCUCUGCUGUGGUGCUGGAGACUGUUAAACAGGCAGAGGCUGGACCCUACCCUUAUGCCCUAGUGCUGAGACUGUAUGAAGCCCACGGCAGCCAUGUAGACUCCUGGCUGCAGACAUCACUCCCUGUCCAGGAGGCUGUCAUCUGUGAUCUUCUGGAACGUCCUGACCAGAGGCAGCGCUUGGCCCUAGAGGGCUCCCGCCUGAAGCUUUCCUUCUCCCCCUUCCAAGUGGUUUCUCUCCUCCUCGUGUUGGAGUCCCCAGCCCCCUGAUCAAGAGAUAGGGACAGCACCUUGGGCCCCCUCAGACAAGUAGGAGCCCCCACCAUGAUCCCAGCCCCUCCAUCUUGGUCCCAUCCAAGCAUCCAGCUCCCAUCCCCGUAAUACGUUUGCAUCUGGGAGCAGUGCUGUUCACCUGGGGCUAGGAGGGAAGCCGGACAUCUUAAUAGCACACACACCUGUGGAGGGUGGAGGGAAUGGGCUGGGAAGCAGCUCUGCCCCUGACUCAGACUCUCCCACUCAGCCUCUGGCUCCUCCUGAAGAAUUCAAAGGGCCACCAUGGGGUGAGAGUGAGUCUCGCCCCCCCCCCCCCCACUACAUCCCUUUGAUUGGCCUUGGCCCUUUAGCUGGUCUGAUAUACUGCAUAGUGCACACAUUUCAAUCAACCCAAUAAAUAUUUUCAUUAGCCACACCCAUUUCCAUUUCUCUUGGUGCUCUCUAGCUUGGUAAUUUCCCUUAAGCCUCACAGCCUAGCCUCAGGAGGCCAGGCUACCUAGUUGGCAAGGACUGUGCCCCCCAGGAUGUCUGUGAGCAUGUGCCUUCUUGCCCCCUUCUUUGUACCAGUAUUUAUGGCGGAGUAAACAGAGAUUUCUCUCCAGCUUUGGCUGCUGCCCAGAGGCCUCUAGAUUCGGGGUCGGGGUGGGGGGGGGGUGCUGUGACAGAAGCAUUAAGGGAGCAGUGGAUGCAACAAGAAAAUGACUUCUCCUAGAGAAUCUUGGGAUUGCAGUAUCAGCACUAGAGGAAGGCCUCAGAGGAAAAGGUAGAGGCCUGGGGACACUUGUAGAGCAGAGGAAGGCCUGUCCGGCCUGACUGCACUGUAGACUUGGGGAGAGUGAUUGUGGGGGAUCCUGAAAAGGGCUGUGGGGCAUCUCUAGGGACAAGGUCUCGAAAGAGAAAUUCUGAAGAGGAGAGUUGUCUGAAAGGGCCCCCAUGGAGGCACAAGGUGGCCUCAAGGAGAUGAAUACAAAGGCUGGAGUGUGUCAGGAGGGAGGACCCUCAAUGAGCUGGGCCUGGUCGUGGCUUGCAAUCAAGCUUAUUAGUAGGACUGGAGUGGGGGGAGAUUAAAGGAGAGACAGGACAGUCGCUUGGUGUUUAUGGGAUGACUGAUGAGAGAGAAGGAAGAGCUGCUCUGCCUCUCUCCUGCUUCUGUUUCUUUGCCAAGGAGAGUGAUCUUCAGACUCAAGAGGACAGAACAAUGGCGACUAGUGAGGAACUGAUCCCCAAGAUAAAUAAGGACAGUGUAAGAGAGCACCUUCUUGCCUGCCCUUGAUGAGUUCUAGUCCCAGCCCAGAUGAAUGGCAUCUGAGCUGCUGCAGAGAUGCACGCGCCUGGGAGAUGCUUUAAGAGAUGGUGGAGAUGAGUAGAGGGGACAACAGGCUCCAGCCUUGAAGGUGGUGCCUCCAGCCCCUCCUCUUUGUGCCUCACUGAUCUGCCUACUUCCAGUCCCCCCUGGAGGGGAGAAGGGAGAGGGAGAGGAGGAGAGGCUGGCACGCAGUGGGCUUUCCUGGGGAGGGAUGGAGGCCUGCACAGAGGAGAGUCUGUCAGUCGAGGAAGGAGAGGGGCCCUGUACUGGGUGGAAAGUUGUGCCGCUACUGUCGCCUGACACAGCCCUUCAUGGUCUGCUGAGUGCUUCAUAAAGAUCAUCCCAUCUGAUCUCGCCGCCACCCUGGAAAGUAGGUGCUGCUGUUAUCUCCAUUUUACAGGAAGCAGGCCAACGUGUGGAGUGAUCUGUCCAGGGUCACACAGCUAGUGAGGGUCUGAGGCUGGAUUUGAACCCAGGUCUUCCUGACUCCAGGUCCAGCGCUCUGUGCACUGUGAUGCCAUCUCACUGCAUAGAUAUGACCUUGGUUGGUCCUGGUACAGCAGAGAGAGCGCUGGCUUUGGAAUCAGAGGACCCAAGUUCAAAUCCUUCCACUAUUUAUGAUCAGUUGUGUGACCUGGAAAAAAGUAAUUUAACCAAAACUCUUUAUAGUAAUGUAAAAAAGAUGCUCUAAAUCACUGUUAAUUAGAGAAAUGUGGAGUAAAAACUCGGGUACCACCUCACAUCUCAGACUGGCCAGCAUCACAGAAAAGGAAAACGACAAAUA